UCUGCUUCUCUUUUUCCUUAUUAAGGUCAGAAAAAAAAAAUCCAAAAAUGAGAAAGGCUCAGCUCCAACAAGAGGCCGCCUUCAUGAGAAGGUCCCUCUUUGACCAGGGGUACCUGGACGAACAGUUUGAGGAGCUGGAGGGGCUGCAGGACGAUUCUAAUCCCAAUUUUGAGGAGGAGAUCGUUACAGUCUUCUACAGCGACACUGCUAGGAUGAUCAACAACUUGGACCGCGCACUGAUGAGCAGCCCAAUGGAUUUCGACAAGCUGGACAAUUACAUGCAUCAAUUCAAGGGUAGUUGCGCUGGAAUUGGAGCCAAGAGGGUGAAACUGGAAUGCAUAAGGUUCGAUGAAUGCUGCGCGGCUAGGGACGCAGACGGAUGCAUUAGGACUUUCCAACGAGUGAAGCACGAGUAUGCGACUUUAAAGCAGCAGCUUCAAACUUACUUUCAGGUGGCAAGGCGAGCUGCACAAGUUUAAUCAUACUCAUUCACUGCAAAUUAAGGAUCCCAUGUUAUCCCCUAGCCUUAUCGGUGACCACUAUGGUCAAAUAUUUUUCUGGCUUUAGAUAAGUCAAUUUUUACAUAUAUAUUCCCUAGCUUUUGAUCAGUCACUUGGCUCAAGUUCCUUCAUUAUCUGUUUUCUUUUUCCCAUUUAGUCACCAAUAUUACAGCAAUGUUAUGGCUCCAAGAUCUGUUUACUGGUAUAUUUAAAUAAGAUGAAAAAAAAUAAUGUCCCAUGAUAAAGCGGAUUUUUAUACAAUGUAGUACUACCUCCGAUUAUAGUUAUAAGACUCCGUCUGUAGUCUACAAAUAUGGUCUUAGAAUAGGAGGUAGUGUAUCCUUUUUCUUUUUCUUAUGCUUGCUUUGUUUUAAGUAUCAAAUGGCUCAUCAUCAUUUUGAGAUAAGAUGAGAAUAAUCGUCUGUUUGUCUCCAUCUCCAGUUAGGUACCAAUGAACAAUAUGACAGUGUUCAAGACUUUUGUCGUUUGUGUUUCGUUUCUCUCUUUCUAUCAAUAAGAAAUGCCUUUUAUUAC